AAUAUAUAUAUAUAUUUUUUGACAAAACUUUCUGUUGAUGUGUUUUUGUUUUUUACCCGAUAGAGGGCGCUAUCACGUUGCAUCAUUUGGACCUUUAUAAACGUCACAAAAAUCGAAUGAUUUACACAUUAGUAUGCACACGAUGAUGAUGGUGGUGAUGGUGAUGAGUGUCGCGUUGUGACACGGUUGCGCGGUGCGGUGCGACGCAGCCGCUCGACGGCUCCGUGCAGCUUCCGGCAACCCGGCGGGCUCUCUGACUGCGGGGUUACGAAGAAGAAGACGACGGCGGGGGGGGGGGGGGGAUGCCACGGCCCGUCAGCAUCCAGCCCCGGCCCGUAGGACUAUGGCGGCGCCCACGGCUCGUUUGGACGACGGCCGGCCGAGUUUGUGUGCAGAUGUGCCGCCGACAGGAGCUGCCGCCGCCGCCGCAGAGACGCUCCUCCCGACGGCUUGCGACGCUAAUGAUGAUGAUGAUGGUGGGCGACCUCCGGGGUCCCCGGGGAAACGCGGCGGCGCUUUCGCGUCCACGGGGGACCUGAUGGACUAUUUCGACGGGACUUUGUCUUUGUGCUUCGGGGACGGGAGCCCCGCAAGCCCCGCGGCGGACAACAGCGACGCCGUGACGGCGAUCACCGAGGAAACGCUUGAGCGAGGGGACGAGAUCUGGAAUGCCUUAACAAAAAGCUACGGGCAGACGAUGCCGACGGAUUGGAAACAUUCCCGAACUCGCUCCCUCCACGCGCCCGCAAGCAACCCGGAGGAGAUGGCGAGUCGCCGGACGAGCGACGUCGCGGCGGAUGCGUCCGAAGCGGAGGAGCUGAGGGAACAGCUGGACAUGCACUCCAUCAUCGUCUCGUGUCUCGGCGAGGAACCGCUCUUCACAGCCGAGCAGGUGAUCGAGGAGCUUGAGGAGAUGAUGCAGGACUCGCCUGACUUGGAAGCCGAGCGCGAUCCUUCGCAGUCUGACUCGUCCAGGAUCUCUUUGGAUGCCCAGCGACCCGGAAGAAGUCGCAGCUACGAAGAAAGAGUGUGUCGGCUAAACGUGGCGGCGCUGAACGAGCGUCUGGAGGCGACGGAGCUCGCCGUCAGGAGGCUCUCGGAGGAGCUGGUGCAGCAUCUGGCUCUCCGGGACGAGCUGGACUUCGAGAAGGAGGUGAAGAACACGUUCAUCUCGGCGCUCAUCGACCUGCAAAACCGGCAGAAGGAGCGCGGCGAGGCGCUGAAGAAGAAGAAGAAGAAGAAGCUGAAAGGGGCGGCGGCAAUGUCGCAGGGCCGCGCCGACAAGCCGCUCGGAUCGCGUUUCAGCGUGGAGGGCCUCUCUUCUGUUAUUCAGAACAGCUUUCGCCAAACAUUCGGGAGCGCGCGCAGUGAAAGACAGUAUUUGACCACCGUCAUCCCGUACGAAAACAAAGGACGCCCUCCUUCCGUCGAGGAGCUCCAGAUCCUGAUCAAAAUUCUGCACGCGAUGAGGGACGACAGCGACAAGGUUCCGGCUCUCUUAACGGACUACAUUCUCAAAGCUGUGGUGUGAGCGCCAGCCGGCCGGGGGGGAGGUUCGUGACCUUUCUUCGUGUGUUGUUGCUCACUGUGGCGCGCCGUCCCUUUUCCACACUGUAACUAACUGUGGUGCACUUUGACCCCAGUUUUCCCCACUUUGCGCUUGGAUGCUUUAUUUGUCGUUUAGCGACUGAAUGUGACACACUUCCGCGAUUGGAUGUCUCGUUUUUCAUCAACCCGUGGCAUACACGAAAUGUAAAUACACGCUGGCACAACGCUCGCUCCAUUUGCACACUCUAAUGUGAUCGAAUACAUUCCAAGAAGAGCUGUAUCAAACAUUUAGCGUUUUCAAUUUAGGCUCAGAAAUAUUAAUUGAACAAUAUGCUUAUUGCGGUUGCACUGAUGUACAACUGCAUUCUAAUUGCAGCAAACGACCUCAGCGUAAACUACACUCACAAUAAUAAAACUAUUGCUAAAUCAACUCUUCUCUGACAGCGUGGUAUUUUAGCUGUCAUUAAAUGUAUUGUGGUUGGUGAUUGUGUAUUUGAAUUGAUGUAUUAGAAUGUUUUUCCCAAUUUCCCCUGCCCGCUUUAUUUUGCCACGUGUUGGUUUUUACCACGGACUCCGUGCUGAGGCCUCACACAUCACUCUGCUAAUAUUGAUCUGCUGUUCCAGUGCUUUGCCCAACGUAGCCUGGAGGGAUGGAGCCGCCGAACGCCGAGGCUCCAGAUGAUCGAGAUGAUUGGUUUUCCCAAACCUAAAGCACAAUUCUGUAGCGAACGCUUCAUUUCUGCAUGCUGUUUCCUCAAGAUGUGUCCCAGUGUUUUAUUCAUUUACUCGUAUUCCUUGUGAUUUUUGAUGCGUCUGUGUUACUUUGGAUUCUUAACCUCUUUUUAUAUUUAUUUCUUGUCCAAGGAAUAUGCCUGAGUAGCAAUGCGAGCCAUGUAGCUGCUCUGCUUGUGCGAUGCAAAGGGCUUUGCGUUAAUCCCAAAGUGCUUACAACCUGCUGAGCAAUGAUCAAACGUGCACAAAGCGCGACGGGGCUUCCGGCCUAAUCUCCACAGAGGUCUAAUUGACAGACUGACUAUGCAUUGGAGUGAUAAUUAGUACUGUUGACCCAAGCACGGCCACCACUUUUGGUGUACCAGACACCCGGGUGUCGAUGUGCCUGCUGUGCACGGAGCAGGAAAUACUGCAGGACUUCUCCUCGUGGAUGUAUUGUAUACAUGCUGCCUUUCUAACUUUUUUUGUACACUGUAGAGGACGUAUGAAUCAGUGAAUGUCGUAUUACUAGACAAUGUGUUUCCUGAUUCAUUGCUCAUUUAUUUUGCAAAUGUUUCAUUUGAAAUAUAUUUAUAAGACCACA